CGUCAUUGAGGGAAGCCCUUUUUAAGAUCCCUGGAUACAGAGAUGCCACCGCCGCCACCGCCGCUCGGCUACGUCGGCUACGUCCUUUGCGCCAUCCUCGCUGCCGCGUGGAGCGGCCCCCUGAUUACCUUCACUCAGGGAAAACCCCUGCAGGUGAAACCGGGGUGUAGAUACGAAGGCCGCAGAUAUCAGGAGGGCGCUAUCGUUUCCACUUCAGAACCGUGUCUGCAGUGUCGCUGCGUCGAGGCCUCGCUGAGAUGUCGUCUUCGUGUCUGCCCGCGAACCCCAAAUCCUACACCGGCCGAGUGCCGCCUCCAGAUUUCUCCGGUCCAAGAAUGCUGCUCGGAGAUCGUCUGCGGUGAAUCGAGACAUGACAAUGAAAAUUCUCUAAGACGCAUAGAUAUCGAACCAGAUAACGUCACAGAAGAAGAUGAAAUUUCGGCAUGUGAACAUUUUCACAACAGUUUCCAAAUAUCGAACAUGCUAUUCAAUCGAUGCCUCUUUGAAGGAGUUCGAUACGGUGCUGGUUCCGCAAUGAUGGCGACUAGACGUUGCGAGUAUUGCUACUGUAUACUAGGCGCACGGCGUUGUGUCAGUCCAAAAUGCCUCUUGCCAUUACCAGGGUGCACUCCCCUCUAUGCCCCACACUCUUGCUGUCCAGUCGCCUAUAACUGCACUCACAAUCAGGAUGAAGAGACUUCGACAACGAUGCAAUCGCUGUCUUUGAAUGGUUGUCGCGUGGGAAAUCGAGUCUACAACGAAGGCGAGAUGGUGAAGGAUAUUGCAUGGAAGGCACCCUGCGACAACUGCUUCUGUGCCAUGGGAGCCGUGCGUUGUGUGCCACUGGCUUGCGCUCCGCCGCUCCAGGGCUGUAGCCCAAUUGUUAGAGAAGGUCAAUGUUGUCCGUCGACCUACAAUUGCAGUGGAAGUAUUGAGGUGAAGGCUACUCAGAACUACGCCUCGUACGCAUUUGUCAGCAAAGAUUACGCCAAUUUUCGAAAGGAAACGCACUUUCAUCCUGUCGAUAAUCAGAUGAGUCCCAUACUGUCAAACGCAAUUGUGGAGGGCCGAGGUCACAGGAUAAUCGAGGGGGACUCUUACACAACUGAUCCCAAGGACGUGGAGGCCGAGGAUUCUACGUCGUCUGCCUACACGAACGGCGAAGCCUCCACGACGUCAACCUUCGAGACGGACAGCAUGGGGAACGAGAUAUUUCCUGACACGACUGGGGAGCCGGUAAUACCCACGACGUUGCAGAUGUCGAACACUUUUUCGAGUCCUUUUUCCGGUGAGGCGAUCACCAGCUCCGAGGUCUCAACCUUAUCAAAAGAGUCAACCACCGUGCCGGAGACAUCGACGCACGAGCUCAAGGCUCCAGUCAGCACCGUAUCAACGCCGGAAGAAACCACUUCAGCCGAAAGUUGGAGCACCACCGAGGAGAUGAGCACAUCUGCGGGAGCAGAGGGUGAUCCCUCGGAGCAGGGGGUUGACGAAGAGCUGGACUCGACGGAAGCGAUGAUUCGAAGUACUGCAAUGGCAUCCAAUUCGUCGGGACCGACGGAGGAGCCGAUCCUUGGAACACGGGAGCGCCACAGGGAAGCCGAAACGAUGAAGGAGAAGGUGAUUACCUCGACGCAGGAAGAAUCGGUCACAACUUCUCCCACGACGAUCCUGAUGCCCGACGAUAUUUUCAUGAUGAACGUCACGCUGAAAAGCAAUGUUUCCGUCGGCCAAGCUGAGGGGGUGACCAUCACUCCGGUCCGAUCAAUAGCUCCUGACGUUCAAGCCAUUUUGAAUAUAACUCAGAGGGAGAAGGUAGAUGACUACGAUUAUUACAACGAACCAACGCUGCCUCCGUCCCUUCCGAACGUCAGGAUAAUUCCCUUCGUGGCCGCUGAUGCUCUGGUGAAAAACGAAAAGGACACGACCUCCGGUGUCACCGCGUAUCCGUCAGGAUCGGCUGUUGCGAUACGUGAACCUCAACGCACCACCGAAAGCUCCAAUUUUUACGACAUUGUGACCAGAGAAAACAGGUUCAGUCCACCUAUUGAAACAGAAGGCGGAUUCGUCCCCAAAGAUCCACCCUAUUUCGAAGCAUCCUAUCACUCGACCGAUCUGAGCUUGGAAAUUGGCACCGGUGUAACCGUAGUUCCCGCAGACAUCACAAAUCCGAAUAGAAAGGAGGACGGCCCGUCAAUGUCCAGCUGCCACUUUGAUACGAGACAGUAUCGCCACGGAGAAUUCAUUCCUGACAGCGGUUUGUGCGUGAUAUGCAUAUGCUACUACGGUGAGGUCGUGUGCUCUGACGAAAAAUGUCCACCAUUGAAAAUUGGAUGCAGGCGAGUCAAUAGUGACCUUGGAUGCUGUGGCGAAAUCAUUUGCAUCGAUACACCCGAGUCUCCAACGCUGGUGCUGGACCGUGCAGAUGCGACAAUGCCGUCACAACGCGAACCGAUGCAGUCAGUGGAUGGAAUCGCAACACCAGACCCCUUUCGAGAUGUCAUUAAAACAGAACCUGCUCCUGACUUGCCUUCCUUGAUCGAAGACAUGAUACCGUACCUUACCGAGCAUCGGAUCUCCACCCCGAGACCGACAACACCGAUGUCAAACGGCAUAAAGAUAAGCUCUACCAUCCGGAACGGUGACAUCAACCAAGAUCCCUCGCUGAUGGAACCUCCGAUUUACAAUCAUGGUGACCAGAUGAACCCACACAAAGAUGACGAGGUCAUUGUUUCGAACUCACCAACCUCAGUAGCCAAUGAAGUGGGCCAUAAUUCUUUUGUUCAGCAUUUGAAUCAGCCUCUUCAGGAAGUGGGCAAUGAUACCCAGGAUAACGAAGAACAUAACGAUAAAUUCGUGACUCAGAACUCUUCAGGUUUCAACUAUUCCAAGUACGGUGACAAGGAUGUCAGUUUGAAUAGCAACGGCUCUAUGCAAGAUCUAGGAUUCGAAUCAAACCCAGAAAUCACGGAAUCCAUUCCACUCAAGUCUGAUAAAGCCAAGGAUACUGUGACCAAGUUGUCUCAAGGAGAUUCAAACGACGAAGAGGACUCGAUGUAUUCCUUUGAAAGCGUUUUUGACCUCUUAUUUUCUGACUCUAAAACGGAAAAGCCUGCAGCGCAGGUUUCUAUUCAGCAAGCGGUGUUUUCUACUGGAGAAACCUCCACGAGUCAGACAGUUACCAAGGCUUCUUCAACGCUGACUGCGCUAUCAACGACGCCUUCACCGUCACCGGCCCAGACUACCAAAUCUUCUAUUGCCAAACCUACCACACUAAUGAUAUUCAAUACAUCGAACAGCGCCCAAGUACGUGACGAAGAUGUGUCUACGAUGGUUGGCAGUCUCCUAAAAUUAGCCGGCUGCAAUAUUUACGGACGAAUGUAUCGCGUUGGAAAGAUCAUUACGGAACUGUCGGGACCUUGCCUCCAGUGCAGAUGCACGGAGGUCGGAGUCCAGUGUAAGAAACUCUCGUGUCGAUAGUUAUCUCACAUCCAACUAACGUGCCGAUUUUUUGACAAAUUUCCAUUUCUUUGAUUGCCAACUGACUUGCCAUAGGAUGCUAAUUAUAUAGGACUUCGUGUGUUUUAUGAUAUAUGUGUAUGAUGCGUUUCAGUUUCGAUAUGGUACAGCUGUGUCGCGUUAUAAAUCUGUUAGCCGAUUAUCCUACGUCAACCUCAUUGUAGGUUUUUUCCAUAUAAACCAUCUCUAUCAUAGACUGACUCGAGUUUUACCAAGACAAUUGUAAACCCUAGAUAUAGCAGCGUAAUCUCACAUCUCUUAGAGCGUUAUCUCCUCACAGCUCGGCGACCAGUCUUAUAGUAAGCGCGUGAUGACUUCAUUUAGCUUUUAUGGAGAUUGUAGAAAUAAAAAGAAAUAAAAAAAAAACUUGCAUUCACUGCCGGAGAGAUAUUUAUAACAUGUGAUUUAAACCGUAUCAGCCAGCACCGAGUUAUUUUUUCUUUUUCUUGUUUUGUUUGUCUCGCCAAAAUUUUAACCACGAUUUAAAACAUUCGUGCUACAUUCUGAAAGAUUCUGCAAUAUAAAGGCACAAAUAUGGUUAUAUGUGAUAUGUAACGAAUGAUUGCCGUCCAAGGAAAUUCCAUACUUUAAUAAUAGAACUAGUUUUUAAUUGUUCUGGAUUCGUGUAAGGGAAAGUAUACACAUUAGGGUAGUUCUUAUUGAGGGGGUUGACGAUUUUUUUCCGGGUAACCCUCCAAAUCAACUACAAAUACUUCAAAAACAAUUCCCUAAUUUUUUUAGUUUUUUUAUUUCAACCCUAACCCGUGCCUGUAAGAGGGUGGAUUUCCCCAUUUUAAAUACAAGUGUUUCGGACAUAUUCUUAGUAUAUAUUUUAUAGUAAGAGUAUACUCAAAAAAAAUCUGUAACUGCGAGGUUUCAUUGGGCAUUGGUGCUAAUAUGCGGGAAAAAAUUCACAUUAUCAUACCAUACAAUCUUGAAAAAUUGCACACCGUCGAAAUCCGACUUUUUUCCAUUUAGAGGAAGUGCAAUUUGUCUAGAUUACCUGGUAGGAUGGUGUGAAUUUUUUCUCAGAUAGUAGCACUCAUGCCCACUAAAACCUCGCAGUUAUAGAUUUUUUUGUAUGUUAUUACUCUUGCAGUAAGAUAUAUGUACCGAGAAUGUGUCCAAAAUACGUGUAUUUUAAAUGAGAAAGUCCUCCCUCUUACAGGCACGGGUUAGAGUUCAGAUAAUAAUCUGAAAAAAAUUGGAAACUCUUUUUGAAUUAUUUAAAGUUGACUUGGCGGGCGGUUCGGAAAAAAUUCGUUCCACCUUGAUAAGGACCACCCUAAUACGCAUACACGUACCAAUUGCAAUCUAGAGUAAAUGGGUGGUCUGUAAUGUAUACAUACAUAAUUAGUACAUGGAAUUUUGAUUAUCUGUUUUUGAUCGUGAAUGUAUUUGGAGAGUAUUUAUUCAACCAGUCUUGCGUCACUGAUUUUUUGAAAGACUGUGUAGAAGACACAGAAAAGUCUAUAUAUUGACAGCUCUUAUUAUGGUUCUGGAUUAAAAAUAUGAACUGAAUGCACAUUGGCAAUGAAAAUAUAUUUUUAGCUACA